AUUAUUUUUUUCAUGAUCAUAGCAUUACCCCUCCAAAUCUCCCUCCAAUCCUUCCAAACAAACAUCCCAAGAGGGUCUCUCUCCUUCACAAACCCUAGAAUUCUCCAAUUCUAUGACCAAAACUCGAAUCUCAUCUCCAACCAUCAAUGGCACGCCCUUCCCUUCACUCUCUCGCCAUGGCCUCCACCGCAUACUCAUCGCCACCAGAGUCAAGUUCAGCUUCCACGAGCUUCCUCCAAUAUACUCCGUCGACUCUAUUGGUUUUAUCUCUGACGCCAUGGAAGUUGUUUUAAAGGAUGUUUACCUACUUUGGCUACAAUACCAGUCUGGAUUGAAUAAAUAGUUUAUUGCUGAUUUUUCACAUCAUCUUUACUCAAAGGGACUGCUGACAGAAGGUUUCUUUUGGAUCCCCUCUUUCGAAGGCCCAACUACAAUAGCUGCUUGAUAAAGUGGAGCUGGAAUUUCCUGGCUUAUUCCGUUUGUGGUAAUUACACCAUGUUCUUUAUUCAUUGUCUUUGUUGUUUCUUUUAUCUAUAUUUGGAAUUUUAUUUCUUUGACAUCAUUUUUUAUGUUGACGUCCCUUAUCAUGCAUGCUUUAUUCCGAACACUUGAAAGGAACCAACAUAACUAUAUGUUCAUCUGUUGAAACGUUUUGGCUUGAAGAACGUUGUUCAGUGACAAAGGCAUGGACUAGGAGAAUCUUUUGUUUUUCACCAACUCUCAUCGGUACAGAACAAAAGUUCAUUUGUAGAUGACACCAUCUUCUUCUGUUCUGCUGCCAUUAAUAUCUUGAUCAAAUCCAUUAUUUAGUUGGAGAUUAUUUCAGCCAUGUAGAUCAACCUAGGGUAGAUCAUUGAUUGGCAGGUAGGAUUUACAUCCUGUAUAGGGACAGAUAGGAUGCGGAUAAGUUCUUAACUUUAUUUCAUUUGUUCAUUAUACGGUACAGAGGACUGAUUUUGUUGCAGUAAAUGAGUGUGCUGUAAAUGUGAGUAUGAAUUUCUUAAUUUUCAUGUCCCAAAAAAAAAAAGCUUUAAGAGGAUUUUGACACUGGUUGAAAGAUGUAACUAGAGAUAUCUACAUGAACUCAGGGACUAGAUUUCUUACAUAAUGGAAAAUAGAGUAAA